GAGAGGUGAAAUCGUGGAAGUGUACGAUCGUUCGAAUUGAAAAUUCUCCCGUGAGUGGCAAAUGGCCGCCGUGUUUGUGCUGAUUUGUACUAUAACAACUCGUGUUGACUUUAAUUUUCUGACAUUGUAUUAAACAGUGCAAUUAUAAGCAUUAACAAUAAACAAAAAAUUUACAAAUAACAAUAAAAAUGUAGUGUGUAUAAAAAUAAUUUCGUUUAAAAAAAAAAAAAACAUUAAAAAGUGACAAAUAUAUACAAAAAUUCCUGGAAUGAUAAAUAAAUAAAAAUAAAUAAAUAUAAAAAUAAUUUUGAGAGUAUACCUGUGAAUUCAGUGUCUCGUUUUUUUUUUAUAGAAAAAAAAAAAAACACAAAAAAUAUAAUUGUUGUAUGUAAUCGAAACACUUGAAAUAUUAACAACAAAUAAGUGUUGAGUGUGAUUUUAUAAACAAGUGUUUAAUUGUUAAUAAACAACAGCUAAAAAAUUGAUAAAAUUAAUAAUAAUUUGUUUGUUUUUUUUCAGUAUUUUAUUAUUUAUGAAUAAAUGUUUAUCUAAAUGACCGGCAAUGAGUAUUUCGGUAAUGAAAUCUGUAUCAAGUGAAUUGGGCGUGGAUGAGGUUAUAAAUGAUAACAAAAAAAAUAUAAUAAAAAAAACAUUAAAGCUAUCAAAAAAUUCAUUCAACAAUAUUGGACGUUUUUCAAGAAGACGUUUAAGAAAACGUGAUAAUAAUAAUAUAAUUGAUAAUAAUAAAAUUAUGGGAAAUGAAAUUGAUAAUAGUAAUGAAAGAACAAAUCGAAAUGAAAAUUUCUAUCAAGAUAAAAUUGUUUGUAAUGGUAGUAAAACAUUUCGUAAACCAUCAUGGAAAAAAAUGUUUUCAACAAUAAUGCAACAUGUUAAAAAAUCAAAUAAUAAUCAACAAAAUAUAAUUAGUAAAAAAUUAAAAAAAGAUGAUAUACAAUCAUCAAGUAUAAAUGACAUACGUAUGCCAUUACAAAAACCAUCACAUAUACCAGUUGAUAGUGUACCUGGUGUUAUUGGUUUGAGAAAUCAUGGUAACACAUGUUUUAUAAAUGCUGUAUUACAAUGUUUAUCACAUACUGAUAUACUUGCUGAAUAUUUUGUUCUUGAUCAGUAUAAAGCUGAUUUAUCAAGACGUAAUAAAUUAAAUUCUAAAAAAUAUGGUACUAAAGGUGAAAUAACUGAACAACUUGCAUUAUUAUUAAAAGCAAUAUGGAGCUGUCAAUAUGAUCCUGAAAUGAGUACUGCAUUUAAGAGUGUUGUUGAUAAAUAUGGUAGUCAAUAUAGAGGUAAUUUACAACAUGAUGCACAAGAAUUUUUAUUAUGGCUAUUAGAUAAAGUACAUGAAGAUUUAAAUCAAGCAACUAAAAAAAAUUAUAAAAUAAUCAAGAAUUCAUUUGGAAGACCUGAUGAACAAGUUGCUGCUGAAACAUUGGAAAAUCAUGUACGUUGUAAUCAUUCAUUUGUACAUGAAGUAUUUCAAGCACAAUUUCGUUCAAGUUUAACAUGUCCAAGAUGUAAUCGUCAAUCAAAUACAUUUGAUCCAUUUUUAUGUGUAUCAGUACCAGUACCACAAAAUCAACGUCAAAUGAAUCUUUUUAUAAAUGUAUUAUACACAUCACAACAACCAAGACAAGUUAAAAUUGGAAUAAGUGUUAAUCAAUCAGCAAAUGUUAAAGAACUCAGAGAAACAUUAGCAAGUGAUACUGGUAUUGAUGAAAAAUUUAUGCUUUUAACUGAAGUACACGAUGAAGGUUUUCACAGAACAUUUUCUGAUUGUCAACCAGUAUCAGUUAUAACUGAAAAUGAUCCAAUAUAUUGUAUUGAAUUACCACAAUUAAAAGAACCAACUGAACAAGCAUAUAUAUUAUUAGUAUGGAUAAAUGUUAUAAUAAAAGGUGAUUUACGUGAACGUUUUGGUAGUCCAUAUACAAUGCAAAUAUCACGUGAAACAUCAUAUGAAGAUUUACAAAAAUUAUUAUUAAAAGAAAUGCAUACAACACUUGCUGAUAAUAUAUUAACAACAAAACAAAAUUCUGAUUUAUUUAAUAUUAGAGUUGCUGAUCCAGCAUCAACACCAAUACAAGAUUUACAACCAUGUAUUGAUUCAUGUAUUGAACAUCCAUUAUAUACUGAACAAAUUGAACAAGCACUUGGUUUAUGUGCUGAUGAUUCUGGACCACAACAUGUUAAAUUAAUAUUAGAAUGGAAUGAAGCUAAUAAAAAUAAUAUUAUAAAUGAUGAUAGUGAUCAAAUUGAAGAACAUGCUAGUGUUAAACAAUUAAAAAAAAAUUCAGAUACAAGUGGUACUGUUACACUUGAAGCAUGUUUUGAUUUAUAUACUAAAGAAGAAAUAUUAAGUGCUGAAGAUGCAUGGCAUUGUCCAUAUUGUAAUAGAAAACAAGAAGUUAUUAAAAAAUUAGGUUUAUGGACAUUACCAGAUAUAUUAGUUAUACAUUUAAAACGUUUUCGUCAACAAUCAAGACAACGUUCAACAUCAAAAUUAACAAUACUUGUUGAUUUUCCAUUAUAUGGUUUUGAUAUGACACCACAUUUAGCACAUGGUAGUGUACAAACAAAUCAAACAAAUGUCGUUACAAUUAGUGGUAUUGGAUGGACAAAAAUAUCACCAUGGAAAAAACCAAGACAAAAAAUUAUUCAUAAUAAUAAUAAUAUUAAUAACAAUAAUAAUAAUAACAAUAAUAAUAGUAAUAAUAAUGAUGAAAAUGUUUAUGAUUUAUAUGCAAUAUGUAAUCAUCAUGGACAAGAUUUACAAGGUGGUCAUUAUACAGCAUAUUGUAGAAAUCCAUAUGAUACACAAUGGUAUUGUUUUGAUGAUACAAGAGUUGAAACAAUAAAAGAUACAAAUUUAAUAACAAAUUCAGCAUAUAUAUUAUUUUAUCAAAGAAGAACAAAUAAUUCAGCUGGUAGUUCAUCAGCAGCAUCAACAAGUUCUGCUGGUUCAGGAUUUGAUCAUUGGGUAUCAAAAAUGCCACCAUUUUAUUUUAAUAAUAAUAAUACAAAUAAUAAUAAAAAUAAUAUAUUAAAUAUUGGUAAUAAUAAACAAUGUAAAUCACAAGAAUUAUUAUAUCAAGAUAAAAUUAUUGAAGAAAAAAAUUUUAAUAAUUUUAAUCGUGGUUGUAGAAAUUAUGCAACAUUACAACCAAGUAAAAGAAGUAAUUCUAAUGAUAUUGAUAAUGGUGAAAUUGAUCAUUAUUCUGAUGAUGAUGCACCAACAAGAGAAUGGGCAUCACCAAAAGCAAUGAGAAAAACUUCAUCAAAUACAUUAAUAUCAAAUCAACAAUCUCCAGUUAUUCAUAAUUCUACUAGUAAUCCUGAUACAUCAUUGAUUCAUGAGUCAACCUUGUAACAUACAAUUUGAGCCAGAUUUACAAACUCUGAUUCUGGCUGGUAUCAACAUUGACACAAUUAAAUUUUCAUUAUUUAAUUUAUUUAAAAAAAAAUUCAUUGAGUAAAUAAUUUAUCUAGUUAUGAUAAUUAUAAUAUAAAUAGUAAUAUUAAAAAUUGUCAUAUGAAAAAAAAAUGAUUGAAAGAAACGAAAAACAAUUUUAAUUUUGCUCACGAUUAUUAAGAUAAUAUAAAUAUAAAUUCAUAAUAUAUUGUACUAGAAAAAAGAUCUCAAAGAAUGGAUAUAAAAACAAAUUGUAUAAUUAUUUUAUAUAUUAGAAAUAGCUUUAUACUUUGAUAUUCCUUAACUGUCAAAGAAAAAUAUAAACAAAACGAAAAAAAUUGUAUUGCACAAAAAAAAAAAAUUAUUAAUAAUUAAAAUAACUGUAAAAUAAAUGAAGAAAAAAAAAAUUUUACAAAUUGAGAAAUGAUUGUUAACCAAUGUAAAACAAGAUAGACUUUUUUUUUUUUUUUAAAUGAAAAGACAUCAAGUUGGUAACUAAAUUAGUAACUGCUUUGUAUUGUAUUUGUAACACCCAUUAGUGGCCUUAUCUAAAUAACAAACUAAAACCAGUGAAAAAAAAAAAAUUAUUUAUUCAAACUUGUUACAAUUCAAUUGGUAUUAUUCAAAAAAAUUUUAAACAAACAAAACCGUAGUAUAAAUAAAGAGCGAAAAAAGAAUUCUUUUAAAAUUUUUAUGAUAAUAUUCAUAAAAUCAGACUGUAAAAAAAAUAUCUUCCGGUAAUAAUUAAUAAAAAUUAAAUACCAUUAUAUUUUUUUUUUUUGUUUAGUAAUAAUAAUCUUUUAAAUGUUGAUAAGAAAAAUAUUAUAUAUGCCAAAUUAAUAUUAAAAGAAUGAUAAAAUGUAAAAAAAUAAUUGUGUGAAUUGUUGAUGAUUUUUUGUUUUUUUUUUUUUUUUCAUAAUAUAUAUUGUUGAAUACUGUAGAUCAUUUUUGUCAUUUUAAAAAAUCAUUCCACAAUAAAUCUGAGGGUUUUUACAAUGUUCAUUGAUGAUGAAUAAAUAAGGGUAUAUAUGUAAAUAAAAAAAAUUCAUAUAUAAAAGAAAAGGGAAGAAAAAAAAUUAAGACAAAUUUAAAAAUCAUAAUUAUUAAGUUAUUUUUAAUGAAACAUUUGAUGAUAACUAGUCACAAUGAUUGUGGACAAUGA